AUGGCGGAACCGCUCCCGAAGCGUGUCCGACGAGGUGAUAGCUCAGCCAUGUGGGAUUCAAACGAGACCCGUGCCCGGACCUCAGACUUAGAGUCAGACCGAGACCGCAGGCGUUCACCCGCUCCUCGAGACGACCGACGUGAUACCCGCCAUCGCUCACGCUCACGAGAACGAAAUGACAGAAGGCGAGAACGGAGCUGGUCUCGAGAUCGCCGCGACCGACGGGACGGGGAUAGGGAUCGGAAGAGGAGCAUCAGCCGGGAUCGCAAUCAUGAACGGCGAGCACCGGCACCGAGAAACGUCAAGUUCCGCGACCAUUCGCGAUCGAGAUCCCCUGGCCGCAACGGUACGCGCGAUCGAUCACCUCCGCGGGGUCCAAAGAGUGACCGCAGAGAUCCUCGAUCGCGGGACGAAGGACGGAAGGCCAAUGGUGCCUACUCUACAGACAACAACGAAGAUGAGAUGGAUCUGGACUACGACUCGAAUGCGGACGAGGAUGACAUAGAAGCACAGAUGCGCAAGGCGAUGGGAUUCACCCGAUUCCGAACCACUAAGAACACCAAAAUCCCCGGGAAUGACAUCUACGGUGUGCGCAAGGAGAAGAAGAUCGAGUACCGACAGUAUAUGAACCGCCAGGGUGGUUUCAACAGGCCUCUCAGUCCCUCGCGAUGA